GCGGGCUGCGCCCUCGGACCGUUUGUACGGGCUCACGGGUUUCCAGCCGGAGGGACUGUGAGCGGAGGGCGGGAAGGCCGAUGGUUGCUAGGGAGGAGCAGUGUGAAGGAUUGCUCCAGUGAUAUGGCCAUACCACAGCAGGCUGGAAUACCUGGCCUAGAUGCACAGCAGUCUCUCUUGGCCACAGUCAGUGGAAAUGUACAGAAAUAUGCAGUCAAGAAGAAGAAGGUCCUCAAUGCAGAAGAGCUGGAGCUGUACGAGCUUACACAGGCAGCUGGCGUUGUUAUGGACCAGGAAGUGUUCAAAAUAAUUGUGGAUCUGUUGAAGAUGAAUGUGGCUCCAUUGGCAGUUUUCCAGAUGCUGAAAGCUAUGUGUGCAGGACACAAAAUUGCAGAGGUAUCCUCAACUGAAACGCCAUCCACAACAACACAGAGCAGCUUGGCAGACUCCAGAGAGCAUUCGUUUAUCUCCGCAAAGAGCAGUAAAAUCCCAGCACUCUCCUUUUCUUCUGCCCUUCGAUCUCCAAGACUAGGCACUAAGAUUGUGGUCUACAACCCUGCUGAUGCUUGCUCACCUCUCUCUCAAGGUCCCCCUGGUUCCUUCCAGUUUUCUUGCUGCCUGUUCUCACCCUUCUCAGUGAGAAAUAAAUCCAACACUGCUAUCAGUGGUUCACAGACACAGACAGAGCGAAGCACCACCCGUGAAGGAUGCAGCCAGCGUAUGCCGCGCCAACCGAGUGCUACCAGAGUGCCCAAGGGCAGUGGUACUGGGAAAACUACUGGAAGCGGCAGCAGCUCACACACAACAUCUAGCCAGUAGACUGAAAAAUGUCUAAUACCUUACGAACAUGACUGUGCCACUGGGUAGAGGGAAUUUAAAACAGGGGUACUGUGCUCAUAUAUUGUUUUUCUUCUUGCAUUGUCUAAUUAUAUAUAGCACACAACAUGCUACCUAUUCUGCGUUUUUUAAAUAGCUUAUAUACAAGUCCAUCUAGCAGACCUUGUGCCAGAACUAAAUUGCGAACCUAAACACCUGCAAAGAGAGCCACUCAGCAAGACGGAAUUUGAACCAAUGGCCAGUUUUGAUGUGUGAUAACAUCCCCUGAUAUUUUGAGACCAAAAAAUUAAAACCACCUUUUGUUUUGCAUAGUAAAAUACAAAUAUUUAAGCUGUAAACCACAAUGACAAUAAAAAUUGAAAACAAAGGUGCACAAUUAAAAAAUUAGUGAUAAAACCAAGAGAAGUGCAAAUGUCCAUUUAAAAUAAAACAGACUAUCUAUUGUUCCAAUUAAUGUAGCCCUAGAUCCUUGGGAAGAAAAUCUCUUAAAAUUCUUGACACUGAGGAAACUCAUUAGAGAAUCAUUUCCAGGGAACCAUUUCCCCUUUGUACCAACAACAAAGCCAGAAAAAAUCCUACCAGAAACCACGUCAAAACACUCCACAAUGAUGGCCUCCAGGUUGAUUUCUCAAUGUAUACUUUCACUGUAUAUGAUGGAUACAGUAUUAUCCUUCUUAAAGAUCACCAUCCAGUAUCCACCAUCAAUACCAAUAAACCUGGGUUCCUUGAGCAGUGUCUAUCCAUACUGAGUUACCUUUUUAUACAUAUCUCUAGGACUUUAUUAUGCUGCUUAAUCUUAGAAUUCUUGAUAGGUAAUGAGCAGCCUGAAAGAUGGCCUAGAGUCUUGUUAGCCAGUCUACAGCAUCUGCAUGUUUUAUCCAAGCAGGAUUUACCACAAGGCUACUCUUAAUCGGGUAGGUAUUCAUUUGUAACAAUACUGCAUUGAUAAAUUUAAACUGCUUAAAAGGGACGUAACUCCUAAGCCAAUCAUUUGAACUACUAUUACUUUUAAAAUGUGAAAUCCCAAAUGCAUUAAUAAGGUAAAUACCCUAUUGUGCCAAUUACUAACCUAAGGAAGGGAAUUAUUUUGUUACAACCACCUUAAAUUUCUUGACAUCACCUGCUGCUCCAUUAAAACAUUUCAGAUUCUCAUACUUGGUAAUAGUGUCAUCUAAGUGAUCAAAAGCGCACAGAACUUUAGUGUCAGUGGCUGCCUUGAAGCUCAUUAGCUUCCUAAUAGUUGCAAUUGGAAUUUGAACUUCCAAACUUAGUAAACCAAGUCCCCUGACUCUAGCUCUCAAGUAUAAAACUCCAUUGUUAAUGCUGAUAGACAGAUGCAGCAUUCUUUUCAGUGUUCCUAAUACUUUUGACAAGUUUCAGUGAGAUAUUCUGCAAAACAUCGCAUAGUUACUGAACAGUAAAACUGGGGAAUCAUAAAAACAUGUUAAAAUCUUUCAUUUCUAAGUAGGUUUAAGUCUUGUCUUUAACAAAUUCUUACCACACCAUGCUAAUUUCUUCAACCAUCCAUCACUUAUCCAGCCAAUCCAAGGAUUUAUCCUGGCACCUAGAUAUUUUUCAAAAGAUCCAAGGGCAAUAAAAUCCAGUUUAGUUUUAUUAAUUUUUCACCUAUCAACAUCGCCAUAUUACUAAGGUCUUAUUCCUAGCAGUCAUAUAAAAUUUGACCUUUUUCUUCACAUUCAUCUCCAAAUUUGCUUUCAAACAAAAUCACUCACUGCUCUUCGAAUUCUUACCUUAAUGCAAAUCGCUCACCUGAGUGUUGUUGUUCACAAAGGCUACAACUAUAAUCAUAAUUAUCCAAAUAAAAACCACACCCUACAUUAUACAAUGUACCCAAUAAAAUAUCCACAACUGCAUUAAAUAAAGUAAGGGAAAGCGGGCCCCCCAGCUUAGCACCUCUUUUUAUAGAUAUUUGUUUGGAUUUCCCUGACUUACUCUCUUUCACUGUAAAUGUGUUCAAACACAGGUCCAUCACGAGACCAACUAAAUAUUUUUCAACAUCCAAAUGAGACAAACCCUUUAUUAUUACUUUGUGACCCACCAACUCAAAAGCUUUAACUAAAUUGAUAUAAACUGCUACUAAGUUCUGAUUCUUUUUGGCACCUUGCAUUAAAUUCUUUAAAAUUGGUGAAUUUUGAUUGCCUCAAUGCCCUUCUGACUGCUAUUUAAAAUUAUGGCCUCAGUCAAUCUCCUCAAUUUCU